AUGGGCAAGCAUCUCAGAGAGGACAUCCUGAACUUGAAAAAGCCGGGUACUCCCCGGUCCUUGGUGGGCUCUUUGGACAUUGAUGCUUGCCUGUCAUCGGAAACCAAGUAUGCGUGUCUUUACUGGACACAUCAUGCAGCGCAGGCGAACUCUGGGGCAGACCUUCUUGAAACCGUCUACGAUUUCCUCUGCCGCCAUUUUCUACACUGGUUUGAAGUGCUGGCCUGGCUUGGAAAGGCCUAUGAGAUUGUCGCCAUGCUUCGGGCAAUUCAGUCCGCUGCCGCACACUUGGACAGCGGCGCACUUCAAAAAGUUUUUGGGUGA